GGAUAAUGAUGAUGUGGCUUUGGUCAGCGUGCGCCUUUGCUGAAACGCGUUCGGUGGUGCGCCAGACUGGAGCUUGAUUGACCACGAAGGAGCUCCAUGUCGGGAUCUGAGGCGACGCUGGUUCUCGUUAUUGGUUCGGCUUUGUUUCCCCCCCCCCCCCCCAAAAAAAAAACUUCACACAAAAGGGGGAGAGGAGCGAUAGGUGGGAAAGAGAGAGAGAAAGAGGAGGGAUCGAGAAGGCAAGCGGCACAACGCGUGAAGCGUGCACCGUGAUCACGCGUGUUCUGAUCGUGGAGGGCACAGUGAUUAUGAGGAAUGUGAUCGCACAUGGACGCCCACUGCACAACGGCGCUCACUGAGAAGUCGACUCCUUCAGCGCCAAGGAAAGCGACACGGAUUUCAGUGCCAAGGCCAGCGACACGGACUUCAGCACCAAGGAUAGCGACACGGACUUCAGCACCAAGGAUAGCGACACAGACUUCAGCACGAAAGACAGCCACAUGGACUUCAGCGCCAAGGAACAGGGACGUGAACUGCUGCACCAGUGGCAUUGAUGCGCUGAGCACUAUCUACAAUACGGGUUUCCUAUUUGGAGCAUGCUAUAGGAUGAUAAUACAGCACAACAGUAGGCUGGUUCAACAUAUCAGCAGUGUUAUGGUGGCGACAUUACAAUCCUGGUCAAGAAAUUAUAAUCGGAUAGAAGUCUUGACCGAGAAAGACAUGAAAAACUAGCGAACACAUUGUUGACAACUCCAUGCGUGUAGAAAUAGUUAUCUCUGCAUAUUGCGGUUCGAAAAAAUGGUAUUCUAAUAGCCCAUGUGGGCGAACGUUACAGUAGCAUGCGUCGUCCGUGGGGGCUUGGUGCGUUAACAAAGACGUCGCAGCAUUCACUUCCCAAUCCCCUUCUCCACUAGCACCCACACCUGCCUACCCCCCACCCCCCCCGAGUCAAACCUGCGCCGUCGUCGCGACGCGGCGAGUGCUCACUGUGGUACGGGGCUGCACCUCUGUGAGGGAGCGCAGGCCGCGGGGCGGCUCGCUCAAUGUGCCAGAGCCCGCAUCCCCGCGGAAGAUUCGUCAACAGCAGCAGCAUUUACAACGUUUACAGCUGCAGCAGCAACAGCAGCAGCAGCAGGAGCCCCACGACCAUGGCUCGAGUGUCCCUGGGAGGCGAAGACACCGCGCGCUUCGCGCUGCUCGCCGCGCUCAUCCUCUGCUACCUGCUGUGCGGAGCGGCCGUCUUCUCCGCCCUGGAGCGACCCUCCGAGCUGGUGGCGCAGGAGCGCUGGCUGCACCGCCUGGAAAACUUCACUCGUCACUUCGGAGUGCCCCGCGCCGAUCUCGACGCGCUUCUCCGGGACUUUGAGCUGGGCGCCACGGCCGGCGUGCGGGCGGCACCGCUGCGCCCCCGCUGGGACUUCACGGGGGCUUUUUACUUCGUGGGCACGGUGGUCUCAACGAUCGGCUUCGGCAUGACGACGCCCACGACGGUGAGCGGCAAGAUCUUCCUCAUUUUCUACGGACUCUUCGGCUGCGCCGCCGGCAUCCUCUUCUUCAACCUCUUCCUGGAGCGGCUCAUCACGCUGCUGGCGUGCGUCAUGCGCUCCUGCCACCGGCGGCAAAUCAAUCGGCUCGUCAUCCAGCCGGGACGCAAGGCGUCCGAUCAGUCGGACACCAUCGAGUGCCUGGCCGGCUGGAAGCCGUCCGUCUACCACGUCAUGAUGAUCCUGGGCAUCGCCGCCGUGGUCAUCGCGUGCUCCGCUUCGGCGAUGUUCGCCGCCGUCGAGGGCUGGAGCUACGUCGACUCGCUCUACUUCUGCUUCGUGGCGUUCAGCACCAUCGGCUUCGGCGACCUCGUGACCGGCCAGCGCGACCUCUACGACCACCAGACGUGGUACCGCGUGGGCAACAUCGUCUUCAUCCUCGCCGGCGUCUGCUGCAUUUACUCGCUCUUCAACGUCCUCUCCAUCGUCAUCAAGCAGACGCUCACGUGGAUGCUGCACAAAGCCGACUGCAGGCGCCUGUGCCGACGCCGGCCGAGGCUACGCGCGUGCAACCAGCGGCGCAACGCAGUCAUGCCCGGCGUGCCGCGGGGACGCCGCAACAACAACAACGCCGCCGGUGGGGCCGGCGGUGGCGGCGUAGAGACCGUGGCCGCGCCGGGCCCCCGUCGGUACGACGGCGGCGGCGCGGGCAACGACAGCGACACGGACGGGCGUCGUCUCUCGGGCGAGCUCAUCUCCAUGAAGGACUUCCUGGCGUCCAACAAGGUGUCGCUGGCGCUCAUGCAGAAGCAGCUGUCGGAGGCGGCGAACGGGCACCACCACCGCGUAGCGCACCGCUGCUCGCCCGUGCACUCGCACUCGCUCGGGCGGGAGAACGGAUUCGCAGCGGGCGUCGGGGCGUUGGCCAUCAUGAACAACCGGCUGGCGGAGACCAGCGAGGAUAGGUGAGACGCCGCGAGUGGCAGAAAGGGGUGGUGGUGGCGGUGGUGGCGGCGUCUCGGUUGGCCACUGGUUUUGCGUGCAAGCGACGGCUUUGUGC